AUGACAGAGGAUUGUACACAUGACAAGACUGAGGUAGUCAGGAGUGAAGGUGUAGUGUGUCUCAGUGAUAUUGAUACAAUGAGGACAGAGUACCAGAUAUCAGGACCAACACCAGUCACAUCCAGAGAGAAUGGAGCACUCCACGAGAUGGUCACUGAACUAGCAUCGCUGACGGCACUCAGAUUAGCUACAUAUGAUGUCCAGAGUGCUGCCGCUAACACCACCAAGGGUACCAAUAAUAAGAUAAAUUUGACUGCAGAGUUCAUUGAAAGCACGACGGCUCAAGGAUGUUUCGUAGUUUUAGAGUGUGAAUAUGGAAAUCCUGAUGUGUUGAGGGCCAUACUACUGCCUAAUGACUCCAGCACUUCUGUGGAGAGUACUAUUGAUAACAUUUUAUCUUCAACGUAUCAUGUGUUAGUGUAUGACCUUGAGGAAGAUGGACGGCCUAACAGCCAUCCUGCUGUUGAACAGAACACUAUUGUCACUGUUACAGGGAAUGGUCCCUUCACUGAUGCAGAAUCUCAUUUUAUGAACAAUGGCAGUUUGUACUGGAAUGGGACAGCAGUGAAUGUCAGAUGUGAGUUCAAAGAAGAUGGAAGCACACCAUCAAUGGAUAUUGGAGUGUCAACUGUAUCAUUUUUAAUCGUUAUUAUUGCCAUUGCUCAACUAAUGUCAAAUGGUGGUGGCACCCAACAACAAAUAGAUGUAUAUGCUGAAGGACCCCCUACGCAGUAUGUGAGCACUCCUCCACAGAUGUCCAAACAGAAGGGGAUAUACACCGAUGUGGAACCCUCAACAUCAGCAGUGCAACCCCCUAUCCCAGAGGAGUACCAGGAGAUUGACUUCAGUACCAGGAGAUUGACAUCAGAACUACUUGACAUCGGAACUACUCAUAAAAUGGCCCGUUCUGCCUAUGCUGUGAUGGGACCUCUUCCUGCCGGCAGACCCAAACCCUUGGAGAUGGACACAAGGACACAGUGUCCUUAUGUCACAAUCCUACCUCAUGCCACUACUCCUGUCAAUGACAAUGGCAACAGAGACAACAAGAAUGCAGACCAGGCAACACCGAAAGGACCCCCCACAGUGGAGUCAGUGAUGUCACUGUUGUGGGGUGUGGCAGGUCGUUGGAAGGAGAUAGCAGAGGGUCUGGAGUUUGAUGAGGAUCUGAUUGAUGAGAUAGACACCAACAACGACAUGAAUGAGGGCUGUCUGCAGGUGUGUGUGGAGAUCUGGGUCACCAAACUACAGCCAUCCUGGAAGAAACUAUCUCGUGUACUGAAGGAACUGGGGGAAGUGGAACUGGCCCGUCAGGCCUUGAAUAAAGAGCCACAAGAGCAGUGGCAGGUACCGAGUAGGCAGACCAGUGACACAAGCUCAAGUGGAGUUGUUGCUGAUGCUAGUGUUUUUGGUGAGGUACUGCCUGGAGUUAAGGAGACAGUAGCUCCUGAUGAUGGCAACAAUGAAGAUGGAUGCAGGGGAGGCAAGAAAACGAUGCCAAACGAUUGUUCAAGUGGCGAGCAAGAUGCCAGAUCUGUCUUUUUUGCUUACCCUGCUCUCCACGAGGGGGGUCCAACUGUCAGUGAGAGCUGUGAUGAGGAUGAGGAGACCAAGUGUGAUGUUGGAACUGAAGCCACCGUCCAAUCAGAGGAGAGGGAGAAAGUCACCAUCGUGAGUGGCACUGGUCUGUUCGACUUUCCCUACAAACCUACCCUUGAAGAAUUCCACGUGCUUCCCCCAUUGGAGGGCAAUGAUGAUCCGGACUUUGCUCAAGAUCCAGUGAGUCUGCACGGAGCAGAUGAUGACUACCACUCUGGGUCCAUCAGUUCUGGGAGACAGAAAUCAGCAGCCACCUUAGACACUGCCAAGGUCGUUGGAAGGGAUUUUAUCACAGGAGAUGUGGUGGUGGUCCCUCAGCAGUGCACUGGUUUCAGUGGUAUCACUGGACCGGAGGAGACGGACACAACCAGAGGUCCAUUCAGACAACCUGCAAAAGAAGUGGACAGCCUAUCAUGUGUGUCAAUGAGAGUCAGCAGAGUGCAGGAAGGUUUGGGCUCAACAAGGCAGUCUACCUUUCUUUUAGUUUUCCUGUUGGACAAGGACACAGAGGAGAAACCAGCCCCAACCAACCCCAGAGGGACCGACUCUCCCAGCAACUACCACAAGACCCCACUCCACCCCAGUCCCGCCCAGAGGUCUCACCUCUUCAAUUGCAGGAGAACUACCCACCCACUCCUCCACCUGACACUGUCAAGGAAUGGCAAGGGCUCAAUCCCCCAG